GACACACUCUAAUAUUAGCAGAUGUGCCUCUGAACAAAGUAUAUUUAAUUCACCACCGCCUCUAGCAGCUGUGAAGACGGUAGAGAUAGAUGUGCUCAGAAGAUUCAAGAACAAGAACUCUCUGUCGAAAGGUCAAUAUGCUUGGUCUGACAAUGCGCGUUCAGGGCGAGAGGGCGUACCGGUAAUGCGCGUCGCGAGAGUCCCGAAGUUCCGUCUCCGACUUCCCCAACGCCGCGCUUGCCCAUUUUGCGCAGGGUUCAAUCUCUUGCCGCGAGAAAGCUUUUCAUUGCUAAUCUCCUAUGCAGGAGGCACCCAAUUACGACGAGGAAACAAAGAGAAUUUGGACGGUAAACCCGCGCGCAGUGACGUUGUACGACCUUGCUCGGAGCCGUCUCGCUCGCGUUUACGAAAGGCCGAGCACCUGAAACCCUUUCCAAAUACAGCCUCAAAUGAUCGCUACACAGUAGUGAAUUGCACGAAACAACCUUUGCUUCUUAUACCAUCCCCCCUGUUCUGCAGAACUUGAUUGAGCAUACCAUACCUGAGAUACCAACCUUCUCUACGACUUAAGAGCAAUCGCGCUCCGGCACGCAAUCCUCCUGAGCU